GUUCUUCAGCUGACAUUGCUCAGUAGCACUUUAACCCUAAACGACAGAGAUCAGCUUGUCUGCGUUGUCCAAGCAGAGGCACAGUAUAUGUAACCAGAUCACAAAUAGUAUUGAAUAGCUAAAAGUCUUCUAAAUCCAAUUACAACUGUUAAGUACGGAUUGUUUUGUUUCUAACCUACUAUCCUUGAAUCGUGUGGCUUACGUGUUUCUCACUGAAUAUACAAGCCAUUAGCUUAAAAAGGUUUGGAACUGCGAUAGCUGCAAGCUGCAGGCAAACCCUUUUUAAGUGGUUUUAUUACAGCCUAUUUGCUUCACCCGCAGAAAGGGAGGUGGCUGCUGUAAACACAGGAUAAGUUGGUGUCAUGCUGCUCUUGUAGCAUGUGACAGCCGGAUUCCCGGGACUGUCCUAUCCUGUUUCAGAUCUUGCAGUUCAGCGCUUCCAGCAAAUGUUCGCUUCCUUCUCUUUUCGUUCUUAACUCACAGCUGGGAAUCAAACUAAACAAAAUACAGGUUCCGAGCAGGAAGCAAAUUUCUCGCCGAAAGUCAAGUAAAUAGCUAUACAAGAAAGUGCAUCUUUGGCGUAUCUCAUAGGUGUCAUGAGCUCUUAAAGUUAUGCAAUGAUUCUUCUGGUUCUGUGCAGCUGGGGUAGGAGCAAACUGGGCAUACAAACCCUCCUUACUGCACCGAGGUACUGUUCCAGAAAACAAGAGGAAACAUGGUUUGUACAGCCAAUGAAGCUUAAAUUCCUGGACCAAAAACUGAGGGCUUUUUUUUCAUGAAGGAUGGCAACACCGUAUGUUCCUGUUCCUAUUCCUAUUGGAAGUUCAUCAUCCAGCUUUACAAACAGAAACCAAAGAAGUUCUUCCUUUGGGAGCAUCUCAACGAGUUCAAGCUCCUCAAAAGGACAGCUGGAGGACUCUGCAGUUGAUAAUUUUAAAAAGAUGAGCGUGACUGACCAGAUUGGUUCCACAUCAUCUGCAUGUAGCAGUCCACUUGUUAGGACUAAAUUUACAGGUCUGGAUACAUCUAUAGAGUACUGUACUCAGCCUGUAGAAGAAAUAGAGCAGAAUGAAGAUUCCAGGAGCUGGGAAGAUCGACCAUCCACACCUACUAUUCUGGGCUAUGAGGUGAUGGAAGAAAGGGCAAAAUUCACUGUAUACAAAAUACUGGUGAAAAGAAGUCCAGAGGAAAGCUGGGUGGUUUUCAGACGGUACACAGAUUUCUCCAGGCUUAAUGACAAGCUAAAAGAUAUGUUUCCAGGCUUUCGGUUAGCCCUUCCACCAAAGCGCUGGUUCAAGGACAAUUACAAUCCUGACUUCUUGGAAGAUCGACAGCUGGGGCUGCAGGCAUUCCUCCAGAACCUAGUAGCUCAUAAAGAUAUUGCUAACUGCCUUGCAGUGAGAGAAUUUCUUUGUCUGGAUGAUCCUCCAGGUCCUUUUGACAGCCUAGAAGAGAGCAGGGCUUUCUGUGAAACUCUGGAGGAAACAAAUUAUCGUCUACAAAAAGAAUUGCUUGAAAAACAAAGGGAGGUUGAAUCACUGAAGAAACUAUUAACUGAAAAGCAACUUCAUAUUGAUGCUGUUGAAAGAAGAAUUAGGGAUUUAUCUUUAGGAAAAAUGACUCGUCAAAUGUCAGGAGAAGAAAGUGAGUGCAGUGGUGAGGUGGAGUCUUCUGCAGUAGAAGCAGACCAGGGUACCCUGGGUGAGGACAGCUGCUCAGACAAAGAGAACCAUGAACCGUGCUGGAGUGGCUCUUUGGCUGGAAAUUCCGUCCCAGAAAUUGAAGUUGCUGAAGUAGCAUGUACCGCGGAUGAAGAAUAAGCGAGCUGCUAGCAGCAGCUGUUACCUGGGAAAGAUUCAUGUUAAGGGUGUAUCUGUGGGUAGGAUCAUAGAGGAGCUGUGAAGAAUUUACAGCAAAGAGCAAGAAUGCACAUACUGAAUGUUUACAUAAAUCCUUACAAAUUAUUAAUGUAAGAAAUAUACCCAGUGCUGCUUUGAUUUCAGUUUUUACCUAGCCUUUAUAUAUUUAAUAUAUUGACGUCUAAUAAGGGCUAAAAUCAGCUAAAGUUUAGAUAGUGUACAUACACAAUUUGGCUGACUUUCUUAGCAGAAUGACAAAAGUUUCACAUUAAAUCAUGGAACACAUCUAACUCAUAUGUCAUAUAUUGCUACUGUUGUGACACAUUUGAUGUGUUCAUCUGUUUGCUAUUUAUGUUUUCUUAUAGCCAUAAAAUAAUGCUUGCGGAAGUAAAAAUGGACUCGGUUGUGUUUAGGAAUGGAGAAUGUGUUGGUUUUAAAUUCUAAAGUUGAAGAAAGUUUCUCUGGAAAUUUUAUGCAAUGCAAUAGGAAAACUUUUCAGUACCAAGAGAAAAGUAGUUACAAAAUGGGAUCAUAGUUGGACAUUGUAAGAUGGUCAUUUUUGCUGAAAGAACUGAUCUGAGACCCCCAAAACACUGUGUAUUUUCAUCCCAAGAUAGCAUGCUGUAAUACUUUUUGUUCAGUAAUGCUGCUUUGAAAAUCUGGGAUCUCUUUGUUAUAUACCCAUGUAACAACAAAAUCUGUAAGUUUGCCUUUUACUCAGAACACUACCUCUUACCACCUUGCUAAUGCAUUCAUGUUUGUUUAAAAAUAUUCCAGAUUAUAUGGAGGUUAUUGAAAGACUUGUAAAGAAGCCAUAUUUUUUCCUGCACAGUUCAUAACUAGAUUGAAUCUAGUUGCAGUGUAUUUUUGUUUCAAUAUAUUGUACACAUGGGGAUGUUGGUACCUAUGUUGUAUAGCCUAUUUUUCAAAAUGUAUUAAGACAGGAGAUGCACUUUAUAAUUAAGACUCCAUUGUGCCAAGUUCAGUUGGCUAAUUGGUUGAGAAAUGGGAGUUGCAGGGAGAGGGUUAUGUAGUGCCUUUUUGUAUUUUACUUGUUCAUUACUGCAGAAUUUUGUUACAGUGCUCUGGGUCAGUUCUGUGGAAUCUUUGAUACAGCAUUUUUCUGUUCUUCACUUAUUUACUGAAAGUGCCUUGUUUUAUUAUGCUUUUCCAAUAGGAAGAAUGAUGUUUUGUUUUGAUUUUUUUUUUUUUGCCCUAUACCACCCACAUCGUUGUUUAAUGUUGUCAAUAUGCAGUGUCUUUGUGCUGGAGUUUUCAAAGGGAGCUUUGUACUUCAGGCUAUGCAUACAAUGACCUUUAUGCAGAACUGUAUAAACCUUCCUGAUGAAAUAAAACUAUGGACAAAA